AUGACCACCACUACCUCACCUAGAUCCAAGAUCUCUACCUCCAGUGCCCUCACCCACCCCCACCGCACAAUUUUCAAAUCCUUCGCCCUCUGGAAACUCUUCCUCCUCGCCAUCGCCGUUGGCUCCACCCUCGUCAACGACCGCGCCUACGACACUUCAGCCGACUUAUUGCUGAUAGGCAAUGACGAACCUCUCUCUGUCAACGAUGGUAAUGGGGUUGCAGAGCUGUUGAGGAACUUUGGCAAGCGGCUGGUCACGAGGUUCACGAGUUGGGAUGCCAUUUACUUUGUGAGCGCGGCGAAGAGGGGGUAUGUUUAUGAGCAGGAGUGGGCUUUUGGGACGGGGUUGGUGGUGUGCAUGAAGGGGGUUUUGAGGGCUCUCCAAACCCUCGGUCUCCCCAUGCCCCUCACCACCUCUCCCACCGCCCUCGCAGAAGCAACCACCGCCCUCCUCCUCUCCAACGCUUCCCACCUCCUCGCCUCUCUUGUUCUCUAUCACCUAACCCUCCUUCUACCACUCUCCGGUUCCAGCUCCUCUCCUUACCAAACAAAGAAACUAGCCCUCCUCACCUCCCUCCUUUAUAUCUUCUCCCCCGCCGGCCUUUUUCUCUCCGCCCCCUACGCCGAAAGCUCCUGCGCCUUGUUUUCGUUUUUGGGGUGGUGGUUUUAUGCUAGGUCGUGUCUUUCUGAUCCCGACGGCGUUUUUGCCAGUUUCAGCGGAGGAAAGGAUGCAACGGGCAGCAGCAAGGAAAAGAGACCCGGGAGGAGUGGAUUAACCCUAAAAGGAGACAUCAACCUCCUCCUAGCCGGCCUCUCCUUCGGCUUGGCGACACUGUUCAGGAGUAACGGUAUCUUAAACGGGUUACCGUUUGCUUGGGAAGUCCUCAGUAUCCUAUCAGGGCUCGUUACUACGUCUGGUGGGGGAAGAGGAAGAGUCCCGCUGCUCAAGACGUUGAGACGACUAAUCGCCCUAGGCCUGGGUGGGAUCUUCGUAGCGGCGGGAAGUAUCGCGCCGCAAACUGUGGCGUGGUUGAGGUAUUGCCCUUCUGGCAGCUUGUGGUUGUUUAACAAGUUCCUGUCACCUGAGGUAGUAGCGGUAUCCGGGACAUCCGGGGGUAGCGGUAGCGCCCGCGGCUAUGGCGGAAGUGGCGUUGGUGCUGGUGUGAGUGCGGGUGCUGGUGGUGGGUUAGAGGAACUUGUGGCACAAGAAGCGAGGGAGUGGUGCGGUGCGGUGGUGCCAAGCAUUUACACGUUUGUGCAGAAACAUUAUUGGAACGUCGGUUUCCUCCGCUACUGGACACUUCCCAACAUUCCUCUUUUCCUACUCGCUGCUCCGAUGCUCGCGAUCCUGGUUAAGUCGGCACUGGACCAGCUCAGUCAGCGGUCUCCUCCAUCUCCCGCAACAGCAACAGUAACCGUUAACUCCGACACCAAGUCCAAAACACCACCUAAAACUCUCGCUUCUGGUUCGAAUUCUUCUUCUGCCUCGGACACCCCUUCAUCGGGCUCCGUCAAGUCCGACGAGGUAGUCACACAGCAGUUAGCCCCCGAAUCAACAACCACAGCAACCCAACAGCGCAUGCAGAUCCUCAUCCGCUCGGCAGCCGCGGAACAGGUGCUGCUCGUGGUCCUCGCGGUAAGCACGUACCACGUGCAGAUCAUCACGCGGAUAUCGUCCGGGUAUCCGUUGUGGUACUGGUGGUUGGCUCAGCAGCUUAUCGAUGGGCACAAGCAGAAGAAGAAGCUGGGGAAGGGGAUCGUGGUGUUUAUGGUCAUGUACGCGGCGAUUCAGGGGGUGUUGUUUACUUCGUUUUUGCCGCCGGCUUAG